AUGAAUCUAGCGAAGAAAAUCAUCGUGUGCCUUUUCAUUGCCAUUCUGUGCAAUGUGGGGGGGAGCGUCGCUCUAUCAACGACGCGCCGAUUGCGGUAUUGCCUGGGGUUGAAAGUUUCGUAUGGUCGCUUAAACAUGCGUUUAGUUAAUGUUUGGCACAGGUUUGAUCGUGCCACCGAGCGGGCUGAAGUUGUGAAGAAGAGAUGUGACGCAAUUGUGAAGUCGAAUGAACAGAAGGAGUUGGUUGACGCUGUCAAUGCACAGCGAAAGAAGCUGGCGGACCAGUACUACAGGGCGAUUAAGUACAUUGAGCCGCAGCUGUCGAAUAGUGAAAGGCGUGUCCGUCAGUUAUUCACUGAGGUUGUGAAGUUCUGCGGGGAGUCACCCGAGAGACCGGUGCUCACCACGAAGGCCGUUUUUGGGUUGAAAGAUAAUUUUCUAGAUGCACAUGAGUAUACCGUCAGAGCCGAGACGUUGAGUAGGAAUGCUGAGAGAGAAGCGGAGAAGGCUGAGAAGGAGAAAUGUACUUCAGAACACUUUUGGGAAAUAUUAGAUGAGGACGACGAGGCAGACGCCGUGGGAGGGGGUAAUGCAACAUCACCGAGACCUUGA